AUGAGCCAGGUGUAUGACGACCAGUAUUAUGCGGCCUCAAGACGUCGGUCGCUGGCCACGCCGCCUCCAAGCAUGACUCCUCGAAACAGCCGCGCUCGCUCUCAAAGUGUGCGAGUCAGUAACGGAACCGCCAGCACACAUACCAGCUUCUCCAGCGCACAAAUGUCGGAAGCCACCAAUAUCACCCAGCCACCUUCCUACUCUAAAAAGUUUGUCGUGGUGGGGGAUGGAGGAUGCGGCAAGACUUGCUUGUUGAUCAGUUACUCCCAAGGUUACUUCCCAGAGAAAUAUGUUCCAACGGUAUUCGAAAACUACAUCACGCAGACGACCCACCGGGCAUCAGGCAAGACGGUCGAACUGGCUCUCUGGGAUACUGCCGGCCAGGAGGAAUACGAUCGCCUGCGGCCCUUGUCCUAUCCCGAGACCGAUCUCCUCUUUGUGUGUUUUGCGAUCGACUGUCCAGCCUCUCUGGAGAAUGUAGUAGAUAAGUGGUAUCCCGAGGUGCUGCAUUUCUGUCCCACAACCCCGAUCAUAUUGGUCGGCCUGAAAUCGGAUCUUCGAACUAAGCGCACCUGCAUCGAACUCUUGAAGACGCAAGGCCUGACCCCCAUCACGCCCGAGCAAGGGCAAGGUGUGGCGCAGCGCAUGGGCGCCACGUACGUGGAGUGCAGUAGUAAAGAGAUGCGUGGUGUCGAUGAGGUUUUUGCCAAAGCCGUUGAUACCGUGGUGGCUAUCGAGGAAGACGACUACAUUACUCAGCCUACGAGUAAUCGCAACAGCAGCAAGCCAUCGGGCGGUGGUGUGCGGCCGGGGAAGAAGGUCAAGAAGCGCAGCUGCAGCAUCCUUUGA